CAGCUGAUCUCUGUCACUUUGACGUGCGUGUGACGUCUCUAGAGUUUUCAUUACGAAACAAACAUGCUAUAAAAUGAAUUUUCUAUGGAAUUCUCCAGCGCAGGCCGCGCGGCGUGCGGCCCUACGAGUUCGCAGCUAGUAAAUAUUCAAUAUGAUAACAGGACAUUUCGAGUAAAUAAUAAAGGAAGCUAAGAUGGCGCUGGCACGCGACGCCACCGACAUGCUAAUGGGCGGCACGUCCGCCAUGUUUGCCACCAUCUUCACCAACCCUAUAGAAGUAGUCAAAACACGACUCCAACUCCAGGGGGAGUUGAAAGCUAAAGGACACGAGAUACAUUACAAGAGUGUGCCGCACGGGCUGUUUGUUAUUGCGAAAAACGAGGGUUUUGGAUCGCUGCAGAGGGGCUUAAGCGCGAUGGUUGGGUUCCAGUUCUUUCUUAAUACUUUUAGAUUAGGAGUGUUCCGGAUAUGCGAACGCCGCGGUCUAACCACAGACGCCACAGGCCGAACGUCUAUACUGAAGGGAGCAGCGGCAGCCGGCGUCGGUGGCGCUUUGGGCUCCAUCGCUGGCACGCCGUUCUUCUUAGUCAAGACUCGGUUGCAGGCACAGGCUGCACAGGCGAUCUCCGUGGGACAUCAGCACAAGCAUACUGGGACUUUUGAAGCACUAGGCGAUAUUUACGCUAAGGAAGGCUUUAAAGGUUUAUUCCGCGGCGUGCAACCUCAAAUCCCCCGCGGUGCGGUCGGCAGUGCUUCUCAAAUGGUGUCCUUUUCAUACGCUAAAGAAUGGCUCGUAUCACACGGAUGGAUGGCAGACUCGCCUAUACUGCUGUCGUUUGCUGGAGCUAACUUGGGAGGGCUAGUCAUGACAGCCUGUCUCAAUCCUUUUGAUGUCGUCGCCACGCGUCUUUCUAAUCAACCGGUAGACGCAAACAAUCGCGGCAAGUUAUACUCUGGUAUGGUGGACUGCUUCUACAAGAUGGUGCGAUCAGAAGGCGUCGGCUCGCUGUACAAAGGCACGGGGGCCAACUACAUGAGGCUGGGGCCACACACUGUUUUACUAUUAGUGUGUUGGGAUCAGCUCAAGAUCUUGGAAGAUUAUUUGAGGAGAUAGCCAAGCAAGUAAUCUACAGUGUGGCUAAAAAAAUAUGUGCAUUCGCGUUGCCAGCGAGGUUCUGGGAUUCAGUGUUGGCCGAAACGUUAAUACAAUUAACCAUUAACCAGUACAAAUUGAACCGUAAACUGUAAUUUUAACUCUGUUAACUUCGGGGUAUGGCUAAGUACAUAUUUAAGAAAACUGAAUGUCAUACCGUGUUUUAAAAAUACCGUGUUUUUAGCCAUAGGGCUUGUUGACAAUAAAGAGUUGACUGGUAGAUAAUGCUAUUUGGCAUUAAGUCCGCCAUUUGUACAUUUUGGAUUUAAAGUAAUAAAAUUUGAAAUUCGGGCCGGAUCCGACCCAUGGACCAUCGUAUUGAGGAUCACUGAUCAUAAUCAUGCUUGUGCUCAUGGAAUUUUAAAUUACUUUAAGUUGUAAAUUUAAAUCAUGAGUUCUGAAAUUACAUAAAGGUUCUAAUUUUUAAGAGAAAAGUGAACGAAAUAGCUAAACAAAUUUUAGACAUAGGUAUAAAUCAUUCCAAAUAGUUAAUAGGGGAUAUUACUACAAUGCAAUAUUUAAAACUUGACAAUUUAAAAGUGCUUGUUGCUAGGCCUAUUUGAAUAAAGAUUAUAUUGACUUUGACUUUGACUUUGUUCUGCCACCAGAGUGCAGGACUAGCCUUUUUAGUAAACCAUAGAGUAACGUAUACAUACUGUACCUUAACAGGUUUUUGACAAGUUUUUAGAGAUAAUAAAAUAUGACAUUGAUGCAUCAAGGCGGUUUGCUUACAGAGGACCUACCGGGAAACGCGAAUCCGAAAAUUCGCUAUCUGCCUCUUUAUCGCUCGAAUAUGCAAGAGUGACAGAGAUGUUAGAUAAAGAAAUUUUCUUGUUUCACGAUAUACCUUCAGAUUGUGGUAAUGGCGCCCUGGCGCCCCCUACGCAGAGUUUUGCGUGAUAUUCCCUAUUAUAUGACGCUAUAAUCAAGAAGAAUUUAGCACAAUGACCAGCCUGAUCUCUAUCGCACGCGCAUAGUUAUAUUGGCAUUGACCGCCGCCGUCAUGGGCGGGAUAGCAAUAGAGGUAAUUACGCGCGUACGAUAGCGAUAGGAAUAGAACAGAUGGGUCAAUGUACGAAAUUUUUCGUGCUUAGCGUUAGCGUCCUAACUUAAGCAUAUGAAUUGUAUGUUUUUAGUAAGAGAAUUUGUUUUGUUAAUUUAAUAUAAUCUAACCAUUUCACAUUAUU